UUUGUGAACGUCGUUAUACUGUACUUACUCAACAUGUUAAUAUUGAGAUGGUUAGCAGGGCUGGGCCAGCUUCUGUCAGCAAUGUUCUUGCCAAAAUGAAUAUGAAGCUUUUUGGAUUGAACUAUAUGCCUAUUUUUGAUCCUGUGACUAAAAAUAAGCUUGACCUUUCUUCUGGUCAAGUCCUGGUUCUUGGUAUUGAUACUUCUCGUCCACCGAAGGCUACUGCAUUUGAGAAGUUUAAAUUAAGCAAGCAAGGAAUGGAAGGAUUUACUUCGGAGGAUCCUUUGACUAUUGGGUAUUGUGGCAAUUAUUUGCCAAAUCCUGCUAAAUUUGUUGGUGACUACAUUUAUCAGCCCUGCAAACAGGACGUUCUGGAUGUCGAUUAUUUUGGAAAAAGAAUUAAGUCUAUUGUUGGCUAUCUCAAGACGAACCGGAAGCAACUUCCAUCUACUAUUUUUAUUAUUCGCGAUGGUAUUAGUGAAGGGAUGGUUCCUAAUGCUGUCAAUGGAGAAUUCGCGCGAAUUAUUGAGACAUUUAAGAGCGUCGAGCAAGGAUGGUCGCCAAAAUUUGUUUUCGUUAUUGUUGAUAAGCGCCAUACAAAACGCUUUUUCUUCAACAAUGGCCCUAUUCGUAAUUGUAAACCUGGCUCGGUCAUCGAUAAGAAGUGUGUCCGUGUCGACCUUCAUGAGUUCUUUUUGCAAGCGCAUCAUCCGCUGAAGGGUACUGCAAAGAUUCCACAAUACAUGAUCCCAAUCAAUGAGAUCAAGGCUAACAAUGACGAAUUACAGGCAUUCAUUCUUGGUCUUUGCAACAUGUGGCAGAUUGUUAAUAUGCCGCCUGCUCUUCCGUCACCUGUUUUACAGGCAAAAGAGCUUGCGAAGCGUGGAAGUAAUAAUUAUAUGGAGAUGAAGCGAAAUGCUCCUCAAUACAUUCCUCGUGUUGCUGGAGAACGUAUUAUUGACUUUGCUAUGCUUAAUGAGCGUGUUCCUUAUGGAACUACUGGUUUGGCUAAGACUCGUUUUAAUGCUUAA